CCGCCCCUGUAUCCCAAGACCCUGCCUCCUCUUGCGGUGGGGGGAAAGCGGCCUCUUACUUUAGGCCUUUCGGUUUGCGCGAGCGGGCAGGAAAGCGUGCGUGCGGCUAAGAGGGUGGGCGCUCUCGCGGCCGCUGACGAUGGAAGAACUGGAGCAAGGCCUGUUGAUGCAGCCGUGGGCGUGGCUACAGCUUGCAGAGAACUCCCUCUUGGCCAAAGUUUUUAUCACCAAGCAGGGCUAUGCCUUGUUGGUUUCAGAUCUUCAACAGGUGUGGCAUGAACAGGUGGACACUAGUGUGGUCAGCCAGCGAGCCAAGGAGCUGAACAAGCGGCUCACUGCUCCUCCUGCAGCUUUCCUCUGUCAUUUGGAUAAUCUCCUUCGCCCAUUGUUGAAGGACGCUGCUCACCCUAGGGAAGCUACCUUCUCCUGUGAUUGUGUGGCAGAUGCACUGAUUCUACGGGUGCGAAGUGAGCUCUCUGGCCUCCCCUUCUAUUGGAAUUUCCACUGCAUCCUAGCUAGUCCUUCCCUGGUCUCCCAACAUUUGAUUCGUCCUCUGAUGGGCAUGAGUCUGGCAUUACAGUGCCAAGUGAGGGAGCUAGCAACAUUACUUCAUAUGAAAGACCUAGAGAUCCAAGACUACCAGGAGAGUGGGGCUACGCUGAUUCGAGAUCGAUUGAAGACAGAACCAUUUGAAGAAAGUUCCUUCUUGGAACAAUUUAUGAUAGAGAAACUGCCAGAGGCAUGCAGCAUUGGUGAUGGAAAGCCCUUUGUCAUGAAUCUGCAGAAUCUGUAUAUGGCAGUCACCAAACAAGAGGUCCAAGUGGGACAGAAGCAUCAAGGCACUGGAGAUCCUCAUACCUCAAACAGUGCUUCCCUGCAAGGAAUCGAUAGCCAAUGUGUAAACCAGCCAGAACAACUGGUCUCCCCAGCCCCAACCCUCUCAGCACCUGAGAAAGAGUCCACGGGUACUUCAGGCCCUCUGCAGAGACCUCAGCUGUCAAAGGUCAAGAGGAAGAAGCCAAGGGGUCUCUUCAGUUAAUCUGUUGUGGCCUCAGCUGCUGAGGAUGGACUUGGAGAAUAGCUUCCAAGCUUCACCUUGAAAGAAGCUUACAUGGCAGCAGUAUUUCUAAAAUAGUGAUACAGUCAGAGGCCUCCUGUAAGGGCGAGAGAACUGAAGUUCAUGUUGACAGGCCCACAGGGAAUUGGCCUUCCCUGUUCAAGUGGAAGCCACUCUCUGAGAAUCCCGUGCUCUCCUCUCUUUUGGUGGAGGUUCUGUAGGUUCAGGUUUCUACCAUGGACUUUAGGUAUAUAGGGCAAGUCAGCAAGAAAGCACCACACACUCAGGAAGCCUUGUCUACCUUUCCCUAGCGUCUCUAGCCAGCCAGCCCCAGAUACUCCUCAGAGACCCACUUCUCUCUUUUGCAUGGAAUAAAAAGCACUCACAGUCCCUGCUUCUGGGAUUAGUUAUGCUGUGGAACUCAUAACCCAAUUCACUUCCUUCACUGGGUCCCACCCCAUUGUUGUCUCUGGAUGAAGUCUAGCCAUCACUCCUGUCCUUCAGAUUCUUCGUAAACUUUUCUGCAGUUGCCAGAGCUAAGUCUCCAUUUGGAAACUUCGAUCUCAAGAACUCUCUUGAUGGUGGGCACAAGACAGAUAGAUGAUUGAUGCUUUCCUUUGCCAAACUUGGAUGCAUUUUUCUCUUUGUUUCCAAAGUAUAGGCAACAGGUUAAACUACCACGUGGGGUAGUUUAUCGAUCCUCCCGCCUCAUCCUUCUGCAUAACUGGGACUAAAGGCACACACCACCACAUCUAGCUAAUUUUUGUAUUUUUUUGUGUGUGGAGACAAGGCUUUGCCAUGUUGCCCAGGCUGGUCUUGAACUCCUGGACUCUAGUGAUCUGCCCACCUCAACCUCCCGAAGUGCUGGGAUUACAGGCAUGAGCCACCACACCUAUCCCAUUUCUGGUUUAUUUACUUUUGAUGGUUAAAUGCCUCCUUAUUCAAAUAUCCUGUAUAUAUACUGGUGUUUCUGUCCUGAUGUCAAGUCUCGAGAGAAGAUGAUCAAACAAUAAUAAACUAAUUAUAAUAAGAACAACAAUAAUAAA